GGCRGGCGAUCGGCGGGAUGCGGCUGUCGCUGGCGGCCGCCAUCUCGCAUGGCCGCGUGUACCGGCGCUUCGGGCUCAGCCCGCGGUCGCGCCUGGACCUGCUGCGGAACCUGGUGACGGCGCUGGUGCGGCAUGAGCGCAUCGAGACGCCGUGGGCCCGGGCCGACGAGAUGCGCGGCUACGCCGAGCGGCUCAUCGACUACGCCAAGCGGGGGGACAAGGACGAGCGCGCCAUGCGCAUGGCGGAUUUCUGGCUGACCGAGAAGGACCUCAUCCACAAGCUGUUCAAAGUGCUGGCGCCGCGCUUCCAGCCGCACCCGGGCAGCUACACGCGCAUGCUGCAGAUCCCCAACCGGGACGGGCUGGACCGCGCUAAGAUGGCGGUGAUCGAGCUGAAGGGGAACCCGCUCCCGCCUCUCAUCCGCCCGCGCCGCGACUCGGACAAGACGCUGCUGAACCAGCUGCUCAAGGGAUACCGGCAGGACGCGCAGCGGGCGGCCGCCCCCCGGGGCACUCCUGUCUAGGGCGCCCUGUGCCCCGAGCGGGCUCCGGUGAGCUGCCCACGCACCAGCCCCGCCGAGCGGCACGGAAAAGGAAGGUGUGUCAGGAGGGCUGGAGGGUGUUGGAAGUUGCUGUGGCGAGGGCUGAGUUUACAGGCUUCUGCCGGUGGCUUGAAUAGAGACUCAGCGGGAGCAGGAAAUCAAGCUGGGAGCCCUGAUGGUUGAUACCCAAUGUGUAAAUAAAUUUUGUUCAGAAAGUGA